AUGUCCCACCUCCACACCCUAGCGGCCUCCACUAAGAGGCCAGGGGGGAAUUCAGCCGAGCCAAAGAGACAGAGAAGGAAAAGUGAAGACAGCAGAUUCGGGCCUAGCGGGCAGCACAGGGCAGCCUUUCUGGCAGCCCACAGAACGUGCUGGCGCAGAUCAGCGAUCGGCAUUGCGCACUGCCGGAAUCAAGCAAAGUCGCAGCGGGGAUGGGGACAGACGCUUAGACUGCUUCUGGGCAUU